AUGGAGUUGGCCAAUGGAACUGAAGUACAGGAGUUCAUUUUGGCGGGAUUUGGCGUUGGGCAACGGGAACGAUUACUUCUCCUUAUCUUUUUCACCAUUCUCUACGUGUUCACUUUGGCUGAGAAUCUCACCAUCAUCACACUGGUGUUUCUAGACACCCACCUAGCUCAGCUUCCUAUGUACAUCUUGCUGAGCCACUUUUCUUGGUUGGAGAUGUGCUAUGUAACCACCACUGCGCCCCGGAUGCUGUUUGACUUGGCAUCCGCUCAAGGAAUCAUCUCCUUCCAUUCCUGCUUUCUUCAGUUCUACAUCUUCUUUUCACUCGGAAAUACUGAAUGCUUCUUUCUCUCAGUCAUGGCCUUGGAUCGGUACUUGGCCAUCUGCCACCCACUACGUUAUCCACAAAUCAUGUCCAAAGACUUCUGCUAUGCUCUCGUGACUGCUUGUUGGGUCGUUGGCUUCCUGUGGUACAUUUUCCCAGUGAUUUUGAUCUCCAAGAUGUCCUUCUGUGGCCCUAACAUCAUUGAACACUUUUUGUGUGAUCCAGGGCCAAUUUUGUCCCUGGCCUGUCCUCCACUAGGAAUUGCUCCCUUUGUCUGCCAGAUUUUCAUGAAUGCUUUGUUUUUUGGCAACAUCGUAUUCAUUGUGCUAUCCUAUGGUGAUGUGAUUUUCACCCUGAUGAAAACAAACCAGGGCAAUCGUAGGAAGGCCUUCUCCACCAUAUCCUUCCACCUAGCAGUGGUGACCCUUUUCUACGGCUCUGUGGCAGCCAUAUACUUAGCUCCAGGUCCUGAAAACCAAUCAGAAGUCACCAAGGCUGUAACACUAUUCUAUACUUCUGUUACACCCUUUCUCAACCCCAUGAUUUACUGCCUGAGGAACGAUCAAGUGAAGGAGGCAUUGGGCAGGUUGAGAAGGAAAAAGUUAUUCUUGAGAAGUGAUAAUGUCAAUGGUGUAGAAGAAAGCAAAGGGGAAAAAAUCCAAGCAACCAAUCCCUAA